AUCCACUACAUUUCUUGGCAAAGGAAAUGAAAUUUGGAACAAAGGGCUAGAGUCACAAGCGGACUUCCAUUCACAAAACCCCAGAAGAAAAGGUAUGGAAAAUAAUCUCAGCAAAUACUUUCUGCAUGAGCCAUACAAGCAUCGUUGGAGCAACUCUGUCACAGGAGAAGCAGUCCAGCCCCCUCUACCCAAGGAGCAAGAUGAAUCCGAUGUGCAGCCACACUUGUGGAUGUGGGUGAACCCCAAUCUGGUUUGCCCCAUAACAGGGUACCUCAGUAAGGGAGUCCCAGGAAAACCAGUGCAUUUGGUAGCUCCUGCACCCAAGGCAGCUGUUACAAAACCUACUUCAGUAAAACCAAGGCCCCCAGUAGCUGCUGCCCUACAAACUUCCUCUGGACAAUGUGUUUCAGUGCCCUUAGUAACUGCUGCACCCAAGGUCUCCGCUAGAAAAUAUAGUUCAGUAAAGACAGUGGCUCUCAUCAAUGCCCUGCAGACUUCUCCUGUAGCCUCUGUUUCCAUACUCCCAUUGGCUGCUUCUGAUCCUGUGACCCUGCAGGCUUCCACAGUCAAGAAUGUUCCCAGAAAACCAGUGUUCCCUGUAUUAUUGGCAGCUGUUGCACCAAAGGCUUCUACUCCAGUAAAACCUGUACCCCCAGUAUCUGCUGCAUCCAAGGCUUCUCAUAGAAAACAUGCUUCAGGAAAGACAGUGCCCCCAGUAGCUGACACCAUCCAGGUUUGCGCGCACACACCAGGAAAAACCAUGUCCCUGGAAGCUGCAGCACUUGUGGACUCCUAUCAAAAGCCAGUCUUAAUUGCCUACAAGCAACUUUGUCCCAAGGAGGAGGUACUACUGUGCUCCAGCAAAGCAAAGAAUUCUGCCUCUAUCUUCAAGAGGCAGGAGAAAAACAACCCAGUUUUCACCUUAUCCCCUCACAAAGAUAAUACUAAAUGGAGUGGGUCUUCUAGCACUGGCAUUGAAAAGCACUUCGGUUUGUUGUAG